GGUGAUGCUCCCUCCCUCCCACCCCACCACCAUCUCCCUCCGCGAUUCCCAGCCCAAUUAACCCGUUCCAAUUAACCCAGAAGGAAGCGCGCGCCGCCGGUGGGAUCGCUGGAGACCGACGCGGACCCACCGCACCUGUCAGGCCGGAUCCUUGAAAUACGAGGCGCAGGAGGCAGCGUAGGAGGAGGAACCGAGGAGGAUGUCGCGGGUGGCGUCGUUGUCGCCGUUGUUGUCGGGCGACGACGAGGUGGAGGUGGAGGAGGAGGAGGAGGACGAGGGCGUAGACGGCUACCGCAAGGGAGGCUACCACGCCGUCCGCCCUGGGGACUUGUUCGCCGUUGGCCGCUACGUCGCCCAGCGGAAGCUCGGCUGGGGCAACUUCUCCACCGUCUGGCUCGCCUUCGACGUUCAAUCCCAGAAAUACGUGGCUCUUAAGAUCCAAAAGAGUGCACCUGAGUUUGCGCAGGCUGCUCUUCACGAAAUCGAAUUCCUGUCGGAAAUCACCAAGAGGGAUCCGUCGAACUGCAAAUGCAUCAUUCAGUUGAUAGAUCACUUCAAGCACACGGGGCCGAAUGGGCAGCAUAUCUGCCUCGUCUUUGAGUUCCUGGGAGAUAGCUUGCUUAAGCUGGUACAAUACAACCGGUACAAAGGCAUUGGGUUUGGUAGGGUGAGGCAAAUAUGCAAGUCGAUUUUGGUAGGUCUUGAUUACUUGCACAGUGAACUUGGCAUAAUCCAUUGUGAUUUGAAGCUUGAGAAUGUUCUCCUUCUUUCAACAAUUGACCCCUUGAAGGACCCCAUACGCUCUGGGCUUAAACCCAACCUUGAGAGGCCUGAGGGGAAUCCUAAUGGAGAAGUUGGUCUUAAUCCGAUUGAGAAGAAACUAAAGAUGAGAACAAGGAGGGUGCUUGCAAAGCUUGCUGAGAAAAGAAAAUCAGUUGCAGAAUCUUCACGCACAGAAAGGAGCUUGGAUGGGAUUGAUCUGACAUGCAAGAUUGUGGACUUUGGGAAUGCUUGUUGGGCUGACAAGCAGUAUACAGAUUUCAUUCAGACAAGGCAAUACCGGGCACCAGAGAUCAUUCUAGCUGCAGGAUAUUCGUUUUCUGUUGAUAUGUGGUCAUUUGCGUGUAUUGCUUUUGAGCUUGCAACGGGCGAAAUGCUAUUUACACCCAAGGAAGGCCAUGGAUACAGCGAAGAUGAGGAUCACUUGGCUUCGAUGAUGGAGUUCCUUGGCAAGAUGCCAAAAAAAAUUGCUACCAUGGGAACACGAUCAAAGGAGUAUUUUGACCGACAUGGAGAUCUAAAGCGGAUAAGAAGGCUGAAAUUCUCAUCUGUCGAACGCAUCCUUGUUGACAAAUACAAAAUUUCUGAAUCUGAUGCCCAGGAAUUUGCCAAUUUUCUUUGCCCUUUACUUGACUUUGCACCAGAGAAGCGGCCAACAGCUGCACAAUGCCUACAGCAUCCAUGGCUUCAAUAUGAUGAUGAUAAGGCUUGUGGGGCUCUUAACAACAAUGAUGCCAAGAAUGUUGAUCUGACUCACAGCACAGGAGUCAUCACCAGCAGUGAUUGUAAGAAUAUCGAUGCGGUACACAACAUUGGCAGCCUCACUGGCAACUGUGACAAAAGUAUAUAUGCAAAACGCAACACUACAAGCAUUGCCAACAAUGCUUCGACGAAUGCUGAUGUACAGCCCAAUAUCGGAAGCAUUGCCAACAGACAUGCCAAAAAUGCUGUUGCGCAGCCCAAUAUCGGAAGCAUUGCCAACAGACUUGCCAAAAAUGCUGAUGUAAAUCUGAACGUUGGAUCCAUUGUUAACAGAGAUGACAAGAACUCUGAUAUUAAGCCUCCCAUUGGAAGUAUCACCGACAGAGAUGCCAAAAGCUCAAAUGUAAAGCUGGACACUGGAAACACCACCAAAAGAGAUGCCAAAACUAGUGAUAUUAAGCCCAACACUGGCAGCAUCACCAGCAGAGAUGACAAGAGUAGUGAUGUGAACAACAACACUGGAAGUGUUGUCAACAAAGAUGUGAAGCGCAGCUUACAAAGUGUUGUCAAUUAUUAUAUCAAGAACUUUGACGUGAAUUGCAAUGCUGGAAGCAUUGCCAAUAGUGAUGCAAAGAACUUAGAUAAGAAGCCCAGCACUAGAAGUGUUGCCAGUGUUAAUGAUGCCAAGAGUAUGAGCUUAAAGCCAAACAGUAGAAGCAUUGAGAGCAAUGAUGCCACCAAUAUUAAUGUAAAGACCAAUGUUGGAAUUGUCGCCAACAGUGAUGCCAAGAACACUGAUGUACAGACUAACACUGGAAGUGUCGCCAACAGUGACAAUAAUAGUGUCGAUACAAAACCAAACAUUGGUCGUGUUGCUGCAAGUAUACAGAGGUUGGAGAGCAGCAUGAGUAAAGUGCAAAUAGGGAGAUAUCGGUGAUAAAAUGCCCAUGCUUGUGCUGACGAAAUACCUAUUUUCACCGGCUUGGAUAUCGUUUCUUGUGGAGAGGCGUAUUCUUUUGCAUUAGAUUUCUACUAUUGAUUUGAUCAUUGAGGUUAAUAACUACUUAUGCAGAGCCAACAUUCCUCAAGAUUGAGGACCUGGCAGGUACCAGCUGGCGCUCUUGUAUAUCUCUAUUCCUGCUAACUGUACAAAGUUUUGUAUUUGCCCACAGAAUAUACAUGGAGGUACAUAUUUCCCGUACAUACCUUGGAACAAAUUGUAUUAAUGCUCACAGAUUGACACAAUCAAAAUUACAUUACAUUUUUUUUGGAAUUUUUGGUGGGUAAAUAUGGAAGUCUGUUCGUGAAUAUAUGCAUAUAUGAAGUAGUAACAGAGAUUGCCGUUCCUGUUAUGGUGGAUGCACUGGAAAUGGUAUAAUUAUACUCUCUUGUUCCUGCUCUCAAGGAAAAGCAAGAUUGGCCUAUUUCUAACACGGAUUGCCAUUUAUCUGAGCAGGGGGUUGACAUUUUUGUUUGGUUUCCUGGUGUGAGAUUUGCUUGUAAAAAGUGGGACGAUGUGUUGUAUGAAACUAUUCUUUGAUGUUCUCUGUAGUGAACAACUAUCAUAUAGAUGGAAUUUCUCGCUC